AUGCCUUCUAGAGCCAUUUCAAGACCCUUCUCAUUUGCGCAUCGAGCCAGCAAAGUGUCUCAGGGAGCAUGCGCAAGUCAACGACGAUGCUUUCGAGGCAAGAGCAAGUCUAGGGUUACCGUUGCGGCGACGACAGCAUCGAGAUCUCGUACUGCAGGUCUAUUUUUCACAGUCGCAGUAGGAGGUGGCGUUCUAUAUUCCUUAGGCUACCCGAGGACUUUGCAUGCGGAGGAAACCGCGGAUCCAGCGGAGGUCAAGUUCGAGAAACCACGAAGACAGGCGAGCUCCCGCGAAGAGAAUCGAGAUUUGAUCAGUUCGCAGCAUCUACAAGUGAAAAAGAGCUGGGAGAAUCCCGGCGUUUAUGCUUGGGGUUCGAAUAGUGGCAAAGUGGUAGCACCCGAUUUGGACGAAAGCAUUAUCAGAGCACCUCGACGGAUACCAUAUUUUGACGGAAAGCUCAUUAGGGAUAUCAAAUUAGACAGGAACUUUGGAGCAGCAAUCACUGAAGGUGGAGACCUGCUACAAUGGGGUACUGGCUUUUCUACGAUGACAACAGGCCCCACGACAACCCUCACAGGUAAGAAUCUUGUGAAGCUGACCAUCUCUCGGGAUCGGAUCGUGGCGCUUUCGUCGAUUGGACAUGUCUAUUCUGUUCCUGUGAGCCAGAAAGAUCAAUUGGCUGGGCCAAAGCCGCUGGAGAGUACCUGGUUCCCCUUCUGGCGCAGCAGAUCCAAUAUCAGUUAUCGCACAAUUCAGCUUAAAGAUUUGUCCUGGGGAGAAAAAGUCUCGGAUAUCAGCACUGGCCUGGAGCACAGUCUCCUCUUGACCUCAAAGGGGCGAUUGUUCUCCGCUGCGACAGGAACCGAAGAUUUUCCAUCGAAAGGACAACUUGGAGUACCCGGCUUGACUUGGUCAACAAGACCUGCAGGCCCAGUCGACCAACCACACGAGAUUAUCACACUGAAGGGCUUUGACAUUAUCAAUAUUGCAGCGGGAGACUUCCAUUCAUUGGCGGCUGAUAGAGCUGGCCGAGUCUUUUCUUUUGGAGAUAAUUCUGUCGGUCAACUAGGUUUUGAUCCAUCUCCCGAGUCACCGGUCAUUGAUGCACCAUCUCUUCUUCCGAUCGACAAACUUUACAAAGGCACAUUUUUGGUUCCAAAGGUCACAAACAUAGCUGCUGGGGGAGUGAACAGCUUCUUCACUAUCGAAGCUACUAGAAUCGUUGGGCAAGGUGAAGAAGAUCCUCGUGGACUCGGAAGAGUGACCGCCGACACUUGGGCUUGUGGCCAGGGGAUUUUUGGGGGUUUGGGCAAUGGAAGAUGGACACAUGUGCAGGGAGUGCCAACAAAGAUCAAAGCAUUGUCGGGGCUUUACGAGUAUGAUGAGGCGAACAGCACCGUUGUACCAAUUCGGCUAGCGUCUAUGUCAAUUGGGGCUACACACAUGUCUGCAGUUAUGGACAACAUCACGCAUUUGAGAGCAAACAGGCACAGCUCAGAGAACGACACUAAUUGGGGUGCUGAUGUACUGUGGUGGGGAGGCAAUGAGUUCUACCAAGUCGGAACUGGAAAGAGAAAUAACGUGAAUAACCCGACGUACAUCGCCCCUCUUGACGUGGAAGCCGACAAAGAAAAGGGCAGGAGGGAGGAGCACAGAUUUCAGAUCACUCCAAGGACGAGGAUUAGAUUUGGUGGGAGAAAUGUCAGCGUUGAACAAAGGAUAGAGUGUGGUAGAGGUGUGACAGCCGUCUACUCCGGCACGUAA